CCCUCUCCUCCCCCUCAUCUCGAAGGCUCGGUUUCCACGGUUCGACUUCACUUCACUUGCUUAGACUUCCUGUCCAGACGAGUUUACAAACAAAUCGACGCAAAAAGAAAAGAAAAAUCGCUGAACUAAAACCAUCCUGCAGUACUCCACGAGCAAACCAUGUGAAGAACGAGACUUAAAGUAAUUCCUCAGCCAUCGGACAUGGAUAUCUGCCCAUUAUGUCACCAGUGUCUCGAAGAAGGACAGAGUUUACAACUGCACUAUAUCUUGUGCCCUGCAAAUAUUGAAAUAAAGGACCAAAGGGGAGAUCGAAAGGAAAAAUCUGUCGUGAAUGUGCGGUUACGUUGGGCCAAAGUCGAGCCAUGUGUUGAUCGCAUCGUCCACUUGAUUAGCUCUUUGGCUGGUUCAAUUCCAUUACAUUGGAGUGAUAAAGAAGGACUGUAUGAAUCUGCAAUGACCGAGGUUCCUGUCGGCAUGCAUUCCUGUCAGCUAGCAGUAGGGGGCGAUGUAAUGCCUAUAGAUGCAUUCGAUGUCGCUGAGCAUAGUGAUACAAUCUAUAUUAUCCCUACUGAGGAAGAAGAAAUUCCAGAAGAAAUUGAAGAAGGUAGUGAGGAUGGUAUCAUCGAUGAUGAUGACAACCCUGUCGCUGAGCUACUUGCCUCUACAUCCAUUGCCGGUAGUAAUGACUUGAGUAAAGAAGAGUAUCCUGGUACCUCUGGUGAACUGCGACAUGGCGUUACUGGUGACAAUCUUUCACCAGAAGAUAGGGAAAGACUGGCUCAAAGUAGUUUCACAGAACUCAGCCCACUUUACAAAGAACUUCUACAACAUCAGGUUAUUCAUGGCGAACCCUCUUGGGUCCCAAAAGGUGAUGACCAGUCCCCAAUAACCUCAGAUUAUGAGCUCGAUGAAGUAAUGAACAGGACUAGGACCGAGGAAGGAGCACCACCCCAUCUGACAUCACGACCAGCCAAUCCUGAAGAACGACACUUAAAAAGCCCCAUACCUAUUAGAGCAAUCAGCAAUCAGGAUGAACGCCAUCUUGAGACUUUACCCGGUACCCGAGGAGAGAGUACAGAGGAGCAGGGACCUGGAACUGAGGAUGUUAAGGGACAAGAUCACCAUGACAAUCAAAGUCCAGCGGCGUCAUCGUCGACUUCUAGUGGGUCCAGCAGCGAACACUCGUCUGCCAGGCACAGUCCAGACUUAAGUGAUGUGGCAAAUGACUCGGAUGCCAGCGAUGGUCUACAAGAACAAAGUAUCGAGGAAGCCAUCCCGCGGGACAGUCCCGAAAUACAAGAGCUACCGCAGCCAUACGACGGGACGUUUCUUACGAGGGACAUAAUCGAAGAUGUGCCCUCGAAAAAAGACACUAGGAACGAAGAACGCGCUAGGGAGAGUCCCUCGGGCACAACUAGAGACGUACCCCCAAGUUCAUCGGUCAACUCAGCUCAGAGUCCUCGAGAAAAGAAAUCAUCCUCCCCAAUACCUUUAGGUUUGAAUACAAACCAAUCAUCUACUAGAGCCAGUCCACAUAGUGAGAUACGAGGGGGAUCGGUACCAGGCUCCAGGGGUAGUCCAGUGGCGUCUGUUCACUCAUUGGAUGGAAUUCCUUCUAGCAGUCGACCCCAGGAAUCCAUACACCCAUCCAUCACUAGCCUUCCUGAUCCUGGGAUCUUGCAAGGUUCUCCAAGAUCGAUGGACGAAGAACAGAAAAGCCUUUCAGGACGUGAACGUACGCCUCUCGCUUCUAGCCCAGCGGGAUCUACGCAUUCAAGUAUCAGAAAACCAAGCUUUGAAGAUAUCGGAAAUCCCCUGUUAUCAGGACGUGGGCGCACCCCUCCUGUCUCCAGUCCUUUAGCCUCAGUUCAUUCUAGUACUCGUAGCUCACGUGGUCAAAGCCCUAUCGCCUCCGUUGGUUCACUUCCUGGACGAGAUUCCAUACAUCCUGGUAUUACCAGCCCAACUGCUAUCAACACGAGUCUGGUGGGAUCCAUCCAUUCGCCUUUAGCCUCAGUUCAUUCUAGUACUCGUAGUUCACGUGGUCAAAGCCCUAUCGCUUCAGUUGGUUCUCUUCCUGGACUAGAUACCAUACAUCCUGGUAUUACCAGCCCGGCUGCUAUCAGCAGUCUCCACUCCAGCGCUAGGAGUACGCCUCGGGGUUCGUCCUUUCCAAGACGUAGCUCGACAGAAUUACCUCCAAGCGCUAUUCCUAAAGAUAGCGAAUACGAUGCUCUCAGUAUACACUCGCGAGGGAGGCCUAUUUUUUCGUAUGGGAAAAGAGAAUCUCCAAGGUUUUCAACAUCGCGGACCCCCGUGGACUCUUUUCUUGAAAUCCAUGACUCAAAACCAGCAUUUUCUCACGAGCUUCUUGGAAGCUUAAGUCAACGGUCCUCAGUUCGUCCCAGUUCAUUUGGGGACCAAAGACCGAGGUCCUCGGAGAGACUAAGAGAUUAUGGCCAUCAAAGAAGAGAGGAAAGGAUGAUCCCGGGGACCUUUAUCCCAAGCUCCUCUAGCGCUUUUGCACCGACGAACGAAGACAGGACCAAAUUUGAUGUGAAUCAUAAUGAAGAAGAAAAAGUCAUUCUUCAGGAACAACAGCGAUUGUUUCAGGAGAAACAGUUUCAGUUUGAAGCAGAGAUUCGGCGCUUGAGGGAAGUAAACGAGGACCUCAAACAACAACUACUUAGUGUUGAGGCUGCCGCUGCCCUCAGUGAACGGGACAACCAGAGAUCCCACGGACUGGAGGCUACUGUUGCUUCCCUGAACGAUACUGUCGAAGAGAAGGAUGACGAAAUAGCUCGACUGAAAAAAAGAUGCGACGAGCUCGAGAAAAUCAACCAGGAGAUGAAGGACGAACAAGAAAGUCUGAAAACUGUGAAUAAAUUAACUUACGAGGAUUUGAACAAAGAAAACUCAGAGUUGAGGGCGAAGGUACAGUGUUAGACUUGGACAGACAGACAGCAAAUGAGGACAUCAAUCACUACAGAUCCACCUCGCAUUCACCAUCCCGCACCAAGGACUUCCAGCCAACAUCCCGUACUACUCUGGACUAUGGGACAUCCACUCGUCAAGUAGACUUCGAAUCAAAAUACCGUACCAGGGAUUACGAGUCAGGUCCCGCCCGGUACGGGACAAACAGCUCUGUUACCAAGCGUUACUCAACAAGCACAGGGUACCCAAAGGAUUCUUCGCCGAAACCAUUUUGCCCAACAUUUUCUACAGACAUUCAAAAAGGCAUGCGUGUUAUGGUUAACAGAAAUCGUGGGAUCUGUGGUCAUGGUAUAGUCAAAUACGUUGGUAUGCUACCAGGAAGGGAAGGUUCUUAUGUUGGGGUCGAACUUGACAGUGGAGAUGGUAGACAUGAUGGUACUUUCCACGGACAGCGUUUAUUCAAGUGUAAGUCAAACAGAGGAAUAUUUGUAAAGGCUAGCAAAGUUUUAAUGUGCUAUCCAAAGUGAUCGACGCCAAAGAUAUAUCUCGCGGGCUACCUGUGGUCAUUCUAUCAUUCGACCUGACAUACUUGAAGUUGUCUUACAGAAAGUUAUCCGUAGGAGAGAGGAAAGAGUUACUGUAAAUAUAGUAAAUAUAAAUUCCCCUAAUUUAUAUACAAAGUUUGUAUACCAUACCUAUACUACGCAUGCGUAGAAACCAUUCUUCCUUGCUAGUUACCAGUCUUCUAUGCGUCUAUAUAUGCAUAGUAUUAUUAAGUAUUUCUCAAACAUUAGCGUCCAUUUAGUCUCGAGUCUCGUGUGAGGAAGUCGCGUUAGUCAUCAGUCUUUUCAACAUUAGUUAGUCACCAGUUUCUUAAGCGUUAGUUACCACUAUAAUAUUCAUUCUCGUUCUCUGACUUUCCACUCGCAGUUUGUCUCCGUAAACAAACGAAAGGCGUUGAUCGAAUCCAGGAACUGGUUUUGCCUGGUUUUGGAUUUAUUGUUUUGCCGACUUUAGCCAAUCAAAAAACAGUGACGAAGGCCAUUCGUUUGUGGACGGAGACCAAAAGGAACGCGGGCUCUGUUACCCCCAUCAACUGCCAGCCAUUCCGUUCUACUAAAGCGUGUAACCAUUUUUGCGCGUAUUUUUAUCCUAUACUUUAAGUCUUAUUCAUGGAAAACAUGACGAACAUUUUACUCUAUAAAUCUAAUCCAUAUAAUGGAUGACCUGUGAACCAUGGUAUCUUUUUUAUUACUCGGGCCUCCUGUGGAAUAUUCGUAUUUAAAAUGACGUGUUUUUUGUUUUUUUUGUAUCCGUCAGAAAUYGACUAUUGGUGUCUAGGCGCGCAUGCGUUUUGCACGCCGCUGAGCUCUAAUUAAAGGCCAGCAAGCACACUAGAACACGUCCUUGGAAGCCCGAGUGCACGUUCUGAGAGCGUCUCGUUUCUAAUUACAUUUACAUGAAAGAUUCCUUAAUUCAUUAAAUGACGAACUUUUAACUUUUUGAUUAUUUUAUCCAUAUAAUGGAUGACGCGUGAACCAUUGUAGCCUGUCAGUCUUAUCUAUAUCUACUCUGUGUGUCGUGUGCAUUUGCAUGUCAACCUCAGAGGUGGGCAGUUCUAAUUCAGUAAUGGUCACCCAAUCUUUAACUUAUACUUAGCAGUGAAAACGCACGUAUUUUUAGCGCCAAGUCUGCUGGAGUUUCCGGCUUAAUUAAAGACUUAAAGUAUCUUAUAAAAAAGUAUGUUUUGA